AUGUGUCGCUGCCGCUGCUGCUGCUGCUUAGUGACGGCCUCGCCGGCGAGCAGGAAUAGCCACUGUCGGCCAAUCCAUCUUCAUCUGUGCGCCUCUUUGACGUUCCACCGCCUUCAUCUCAAUUUGUGUUUUAAUCUCUAUCUUUGUUCGUCUCUGAUAUUCUUAUCUGCGUCUUACCCGCUCUCUAAUUUCCAUCCACCGCUCUCUAAUUUCUAUCCACCUACGUGUUGUUAUCUAGGGUUUGAUGAUGAUGUGAAUGAUCACUUCAUCGACCUAACACUGCUCUGGCGAGGAGAAAGCCUCCGGCAAAAGCCCCUGUUAAGGUUGGAAUUGUUGAAGGCAACUCCAAUAUUGACAUCCACGUCAACAGAUACCAGGUUCCAAAAUAUUUUAGUCAGGAAGCCAUCAAGUUCAUCUGAUUCAGAAACUUCCAUUAAUGGUGCUAGAUCCUGCAGCGUUGGCAUAAAUUUACUUUGUGCAACACCCCCAGAGGAUGCAAAGAAAUUUAAAUUAGGAUAUCUGAGAUCGUUUCGUUUGGAUCCAACUAAAUGCUAUGAAGUAGCAAAUAUUGAUGAUGGAAGAGAAGAGUUGGAAACACGAAGUCUUGUAGACGUUGUGGGAAUCGAUAAAGAUGAGCAGUUGGUAGAUGAGAACAACGGAGAUGACCGGAGAAGUGGAGGAAUGGUGGUGCGACACUGGUUUGUUGGAGUAUUAACCACACAGUUGCCAUCGAUGCUAGUGGAAGCAUAUGAGGAGCAAAACCAUCGGUGGCACCGAUGGGUCGUCAAAGGUAAUAACAGAAGCGAUUUAGGGCUCCACGGAGGCGGACGGUGGGCAAAGCUUCAAAAAAUAGGGUACAUUACCACUGAAGUACCAUGGAGGAGAUGGCAGCGGAGGCGACUAAGUUUUAGAGACAGUAUCAGAGUUGCUGUCAUAGGCAAUCAAGCUUAG